CAAAUACAAAAAAACUUAUUAAAGAAAUAUAAUCAUAUUAAGCUUAAUUUUGUAAGCUAAUUAAUGAUUACUUCGUCACUUUUAGCAGAAAUUUUGACUAAAAAUUGUAAUAUUGAUUUACAUUUGUAAUAUUGAUUGUAAUCUGAUUUCCUUUCCAUAGAUCACGAACUACAUACUAUUAACAUCUUUUCCCAACCUGAUCUGACACGCUUUUUUUUAUCUUUUUUUUUCAUUUUACUAUCUAGCUUUUUUACUUAUCUUUUGCAUUCGCAGCAUCUCCAUGAAAUGAGAAGGGAGAAUGAGAACUGGAGUCCCCGCAUAAUUACUGUGAUCGUUUACUGCUGCCGUAUGGUUUGACAUCGAACACUCAGUAUCUUCCAACGUCUCUCUUCAACGAUGGAUUCUCGCUUCAGGCUCGUUGCGAUCUUCCUAAUCCUUGAUGUAAGCUUUGUUUGCACUACGGGUGACACAAAUUUAGGAAUCAAUGCAACUAAUGGGGAAGGAUUUCUUAAUCAGUCAGGAACCCACGCACCACAAUCUGUUAAAUCAUGGUCGCCAGUUUAUACUUAUCCUAUUACAUACACACCAGAUUUUGUUUUUCCUACUGAAGAUCCUACUGAAGUUGAGCCUUCAACGUCGGGUAGAUUGCAAUCAUGGUCGCCAGUUUAUACUUAUUCUAUUACAUACACACCAGAUUUUGUUUUUCCUACCGAAGAUCCUACUGAAAUUGAGCCUUCAACGUCGGGUAGAUUGCAGGAAUUGCCAUCCAUCAAUACCAGUCUAAUAAAAAUGAAAUCAGAACAGAAAUGUGAUGAAUAUGCAAGAGAAAUUGAAAAUAAGACUGGGAUAAAGUGUACAAUCGACAGACCGUCUGUAUCAUUUGAAAAGAAGAACGACACUAAAUAUGUAUAUUACGGUAUCAUACUCGGUGUUGAGACUAAAGUCGACGAAUUUCCUCACAUGGUCGCCCUUGGCAAACACAACUCGGACAAAAUAUUCACCCUGAUGUGCGGUGGUACAUUGAUUUCACAUACCUGGGUACUUUCUGCUGCGCAUUGCACUCAUGGGCCAAAUGGCAGUCCGUCUCACGUUCGAUUAGGCUUUCACAAAUUAACAGAUCAAAAUGCUGGUGUCAUAGUUGGCAUUAAGAAAAUGAUACGACAUCCGGAAUAUAAACCACCCAUGAUGUAUGCGGAUAUAGCUCUGAUAGAACUUGGGGACGCCGUUACGUUUUCCGCUUUAAUACGACCUGCGUGUCUCUUUCAACAGCACUAUUCCACACCAACGAGAGCCUGGAUUAAUGGCUGGGGUGUCACCGAAUUCGCUGGAGAACACAGUGAUCCAUUGUUGAAAGCUGAGGUGGAUCUGAUAGACAAUCUGGAAUGCACUAAUGUUUACAGCAAUGUAAGAGAAGUUCCGCACGGCAUUGCGGAAAGCAUGCUCUGUGCUGGUGAUUCUCAUGGCAACUGGAGUAGGGACACCUGUCAGGGAGACUCCGGAGGUCCACUACAAAAUCCAGAUUCUGAAUAUCGAUGUCUCUUCCAAAUAAUCGGUAUCACUAGCUUAGGUCUGGGCUGCGCGAUAAUCAAUACACCCGGCGUUUAUUCCAAAGUGUCUUAUUACGUUCCCUGGAUUGAAAAUAUCGUCUGGCCGGAAGAAUAAUUGUGAUUUAUAUUAAUAAAUAUUUAAUAUGAAAUAUA